GACCCGGAAAGCGUUGAGCUGUAAUAACUGGGGCGCCAGAGGCUGGCGAGGAAGGAAAGCGGGGAGUCUCCGGCUGGGCUAGGGACGGUAGCAACGUCCGCGGCGGAACUGGGCUCCCCACAGCUGCGGGGCGUUCGGUGGCGCAGAAGUGAACAUGCACCCUGAGCCCUCGGAGCCUGCGGCGGAUGGGGCAGCGAAGCUGGACUGCACGCAGGAGCCCGGCGUGGAGGAGUCUGCGGGUGACCACGAGAGCGCAGGCCUAGGGGGCUGCUGCAAAGACAUUAAUGAGCCUAAGGAAACAUGUGUGGGUUCUUCUGACACAUCCUCCCAAAGCCAGCAGAAACAGAGUGGUGAUAAUGGAUCAGAUGGUUACUUCCCACACCCAAGAGAAGACAGGGAAGAUCAGAGCCCCAGAAUGACUAAAAGUUCCCUGCAAAAACUCUGCAAGCAGCACAAGCUUUAUAUUACCCCAGCUUUGAAUGAUACACUGUAUUUACACUUCAAAGGUUUCGACCGCAUUGAGAACCUGGAAGAAUACACAGGGCUGCGCUGUCUCUGGCUGCAAUGCAAUGGAAUACGGAAAAUCGAAAACCUGGAGGCCCAAACUGAGUUGCGUUGCCUCUUCUUGCAAGUGAACUUGCUCCAUAAAAUCGAGAACCUGGAACCUCUGCAGAAACUGGACGCUCUUAACCUCAGCAACAAUUACAUCAAGACCAUUGAAAACCUCUCCUGCCUCCCAGUCCUGAAUACGCUGCAGAUGGCCCACAAUCACCUGGAGACUGUGGAGGACAUUCAGCAUCUACGAGAGUGUUUGAGGCUUUGUGUCCUUGACCUUUCGCACAACAAGCUGAGCGACCCAGAGAUCCUGAACAUUCUGGAAUGCAUGCCCGAUUUGCGUGUACUGAAUUUGAUGGGAAACCCAGUUAUCAGGCACAUUGCUAAUUAUAGAAGGACCGUCACUGUGCGACUGAAGCACUUAACAUACCUGGAUGAUAGACCAGUUUUUCCAAAGGACAGAGCUUGUGCAGAGGCCUGGGCUAGGGGAGGGUACACAGCUGAGAAGGAGGAGAGACAGCAGUGGGAGAGCCGGGAGCAGAAGAAGAUCACAGACAGCAUUGAAGCCUUGGCCAUGAUCAAGCGGCGGGCGGAGGAGAGGAAAAGACAGAGAGAGAGUCAGGAAAGAGGGGAGAUGCUGCCUUCAGAUGAGGGUGAGAACAUGCCCACCAGUGCUGAAGGCAAGGAAGAGCCUCCCAGGGACAGAGAAACAAGGCAGAAGAUGGAGCUGUUUGUUAAGGAAUGCUUUGAGGCCAAGGACGAGCUCUACCUGGAAAGGCCAAGUGGAGGAGAGGAGCCGCCUGUGGAGGCUGAAGGAGAAGACGGAGAUGGAGAGCCAGAGGGGACCCUCCCAGCCGAGGCCCUGCCACUCCUGCCACCUGUGGAGGCUGAAGGAGAAGACGGAGAUGGAGAGCCAGAGGGGACCCUCCCAGCCGAGGCCCUGCCACUCCUGCCACCUGUGGAGGCUGAAGGAGAGGACGGAGAUCGAGAGCCAGAGGGGACCCUCCCAGCCGAGGCCCUGCCACUCCUGCCACCUGUGGAGGCUGAAGGAGAGGACGGAGAUCGAGAGCCAGAGGGGACCCUCCCAGCCGAGGCCCUGCCACUCCUGCCACCUGUGGAGGCUGAAGGAGAGGACGGAGAUCGAGAGCCAGAGGGGACCCUCCCAGCUGAGGCCCCGCCACCGCUGCCCCUCGGAGCUGCCAGGGAAGACCUGACUCACCAGGCUGUGGCCGCUGAGGGUACAUUCAUUACAGAACUCGACGGGAUGGGAACGGGUGUAGAAACUGUUAAACUGGAGACAAAGGAGACAUUCCGCAUUGAUGACCUCCCUGACUUGGAAGAUGAUGAUGAAGCAGGCAGAUCUCUGCAAGACCAGGCUAAGAAUAUGUGCUUUCCAAAGAUUGAGGCCAUCUCGAGCUUGAGUGAUGACAGUGACCCUGAACUGGACUACACAUCACUCCCCAUGCUGGAAAACCUGUCUGCAGACACCCUGUCAAAUAUAUUUGCAGUCUCUAAAGACACCUCAAAGCAGGCUCGGGCGCCCUUCGCAGACAUCUUUAAAAAAGAAGCUGAGAGAGACAUGGAAAUCCGAAAACAAGACACCAAGUGCCCACGACCCCUGAUCCAGGAGCUCACUGACAAAGAGCCCUCUGGCCAAGCAUGGAUGCCCCCAACCUGCCAAAGAGAUGCUGCACCCCUCACUUCCAGUGGAGACAGGGACAGCGACUUCCUUGCAGCCUCUUCUCCAGGAACCAGCACAGAAAAGAAAGAAGUACGGUCUGAGCUGGAGCCUGUGGAGCCUCGGGUCAGGGCAGGCCUGGAGGACGCUGAAUAAUUUUUUUGUUUUGUUUUGUUUGAGGCAGCCUCAUAC